AUGGCAGUAAACCUGAGUAAAAACGGCGCGGCGCUGACAGCUGCGUACGACGAGGUGGUGAAAGGAAGCACAAACUGGGCUUUGUUCACAUAUGAAGGAAACAGCGAUAACAUCCGAGUGGCAGCUAAAGGAGAUGGAGGUCUGGAGGAGAUGACGCAAGAGCUAAACAAUGGCAAAGUGAUGUACGCUUUCUGCCGCGUGCAGGAGCCCAGCUCUGGGGUGCCCAAGUUUGUUCUCAUCAACUGGACUGGCGAGGGAGUCAAGGUUGUCAGGAAAGGAAUGUGUGCCAAUCAUGUCCAAUCGAUGUCCAAUUUUCUGAGGGGAGCACACGUGACCAUCAACGCGCGUUCUGAGGAUGAUGUGGAACCAGAUGUCAUCAUGGACAGAGUGGCCAAGGCUGCUGGUGUCAACUACAACUUCCACAAGGAGUCCAACCGCUUUAGUGACACAGGACCUUGUGGCUCUGUGGGGUCAUUGCACCAGAAGACCAGUGCUAUCCAGGAGAUUCAAAGCACCAAUAAGGACGACUUUUGGGCACAGCUGGAGCGGGAGGAGCAGAGCCGGCGCCGGCAGGAGCGCAACAGGGCGGAGCAUGAGAGGAAGAGGGAGGAGGAGGAGAGGCAGGCGCAGGAUGCCAGAGAAGCAGCUGAGAGAGAACGACGACAGAAGGAGAGAGCCAAUCAGAUCGACCAGCAGAGACUGUAUGAGACCAAACAAGAGGCUGCAAGCAGAGAGACAGAGAGUCAGGAAAGGCAGGAGCUGCACCAGUCAGACACUCAGAGGGCAGGAAUGCGGAGAUCCCAGUCUGUCCAGAUGGCUCAUGAGGCAGCAGCCAUCAUCUCACAGCGUAAAGUGAAUCCCAGAGACGUGUUCAGACAGAGGGAGAGAAGCCUCGACACCAACAGAACGCCAACCACUGGAUCUCAACCAGGACGUCUGAAAAGUCAGUUUAUCACUCAGCACUCAAUCUGCAGUGAGGGACCUACCUGGGAGAUAUCCCAGCAUUCCUCUGCAGCAGAGUCUGUUCCUACUAAACCAGCUCCUACUGAAACUACUCUUGCCAAAGCAGAGCCAGAUCAUGAUUAUUCAUUCACACACCAGCAAGCUGUAGAAUCAGAUGAGGUGUGGCAAGACUCUGAGGAAGAAGAGCCUGCAAAGAACAUCUACGAGGCAGCCUCUUCAAAUCAACAUUUCUUUGAAAAUUUUAAACCAGUGGAGGACUACCAGAUACCGGUCACUGAUGAGGUCGCUGGAUCAGAGGAGAACAUCUGUGCCAGGGCACUUUAUGAUUACCAGGCUUGUGAUGACACAGAGAUCACCUUUGACCCAGAUGACAUCAUCAGUGGCAUAGAGAUGAUUGAUGAUGGCUGGUGGCGAGGCUACGGCCCUGACGGCCAUUAUGGGAUGUUUCCAGCCAAUUAUGUGGAGUUGCUCUAAACCUGUGCUGUCCUAAUCCUCCACGCCUGUCCUAAUCCUCCAUGC